AUGGCAAUUCCUACCCACGCCAUUGAUAACCAAAAACAUCUGCUUAAAGGAGCUGGCCGGACACCUUUGCCUUGGAAUGGUCCAUCAUCUACAUCAAACUACUUACCAAGCACAAAUCCAAGUUUUGGUGCUGGCAAUAAGUUUGUGCCAACUCAAAAGAGACCCAUGGAACAGAAUUUUCAGCCAAACUGGGGUUCCAAUCCUAAUGUUCCUGGGAGUAAACAAAAGGCAUAUCUUGAAGAGAUUGAAGACAAUUAUCCUCAAGAAUUUCAAAAGACCACAGUUCCAACGGCUAGAACCUCAAAACAGAACCUGGAUUCAAGCACUGCUUCAGGUCCUAAGAAAGAAAGUUCCAGUAGGAUGUUUGACCCACCACCACCAAUUAUUACAGACAUUACAGAUGAUCCUCUACAAUAA